AUGAACUCUGAUAACCUACACGACAUUGCAUUCAAUAGUUCAGAGGACGAAGGCAACAUUAACGCAAUGGAACACAACACAAACAUUCCACCGGUAUUCAAUAUUACGCAAGAAACCCUCCAUGACAUAGAAGAUAUGCAAAACACAUUUAUUCCACCGAGUACGCAUAAUCUAUACACAAUGACGACACAACACGAACACGGCGAAGUGACAGUUACAGACGACGACGGCGGCAGCCAUUUUGAAAUCAACAACGCCGGCUCCAAAUCCAUUCAAAAAGAGGUCGUAGUUACUGAAGUAGCCGCUAGUAGCAGCACCACUCGAGAACCUUCCCAAAGUGUAAUCAACCCGCUUCAUUCAUCUUUUAAAGACCGUCAAAUGAGUAAUGAAAACGUAGUAACGUUAACAGCUGAUGUUGAUAAUGGCGUAAAGGACGAUUCCAAAGUUAUGCAACAAAUUCAAACGGCAAACCCAGACAUUACUUGCCUUCUUACAGGACUAUUUGAAGAAAUAAGAGGAAUUGGACAAUCCCAGAAAGAAAUGAACUCAAAAAUUGAAAAUUUAACCGAACAACUUGAAAACAAGUUCAAUCAACGUUUUCAAGUAACCGAAGGAAAAAUAGAGGAAUUAUUUGAAACUCAAUCUCAAAUGAAUAUUAAAUUAGAUCAGUCAAUCAAAUUACAUCAAAACACGGCAGUAAAAAUGCAAAAUAUUGAACAUAAAUGCCAAACUGAAAAUCAGCGCACCCGGCAAGAAUUCAUUCAUGAAAUUGAGACAAGGGUGACAAGUCAAGGUCAAACUUUUGAAAAUGCCCUUAAAAAUCAAUCAUCCCAAAUAACCAAUUAUUUUGUAAAUAAAUUAGAUGAACAAGCUAAAAACCUCAAAAUACAGAUUCAAAAUGAAAAACUAAUAUCGAAAAAAGAAGAUGAUGAAAAAUUGAAAGAAUCUAUACUAGACCUGGAAAACAAAAUUAUUCCACAAAUCAAACAGAACACUGAUUCCCUCAACCAGCAACAAAAUGAAAUCAGUCGAUUAACAGACACAGUAAACCAAAUUUCACAACAAAAAUUUCAAACAACAAUACCACACAAUGGAAACAUAAAUGUUAUCUGUCCAAGCAGUGAUCCGAUUCUUUCCAACCGGACAUUACCAAAAUUUAAUGGGAAAAGUCACAAUCCUAAUGAAUUUUUAUUGAAAUUGAAACGAUACUAUGACAGGAGUGCACAGCGCUACCUAAAUUCAUCUGAUGCGGUUGAAAAUCUCCGAGAAAUUAUCGAAGUAAGCCUCGAACAUCAUGCAGCGAGAUGGUUCCAGCUCAUCAGGGAAGACAUCUACAAUUGGGAAAAUUUUGCAAAUGAAUUCCGCCUGAAAUAUUGGAGCCGUGACGUGCAGCAGUACAUCAAGAGAAAAAUUGAAACGGAAAGCUACAAAUCAAACGGCAGUUUGUCAAGAGCAGAUUUUUUUAUGGAAAGGGCCAUAACGCUUCAAUCUAUGACCCCACCCAUACCAGAAAACGAAAUUGUUUUGAUCUUGUCUGAAUGUUUUGACCAACUGAUUAAUGACGCAAGAGCUGUACAGAACAUCACUACCAUCAAGGGAUUUAUUACGCUGCUAGAACGAGAAGACUUGCGUGAUCCUAACCGAAGAACCAGGAACACAAAUCCUCAACCUCCUAGAGAACAAGACAAUAAUCAGUACAGAAAUCAACAUAGCAGAAGAGACAACAACAUCAAUCACAACGCCUACCGUCCCAAUCAUCACCAAAACAAUCGUCCACCAUAUCACCAACAACCUAAUCACCAUAACAGUAACAGAUACCAGGAACAGGGCCAGAACAGAUAUCAAAGUCAAGAGAACAGACCUCCAUACCAUCAACCCACCAACAACUAUCCACGCGGACAACAAAAUCAACCAAAUAGAUCACCACCACCUAAUCAUCCCACACAAGAACAAAACCAAGUGUGUAGUAUGUUCGGCCAACAACAAAGUCGACAGAACUUAUCAACACCCAAUUCCCCAAAUCACCAGGCUGUGGGGACUUCAAACUUCUAA